GGCGUCGGUGUUGUGAAUUCGCUCGCAGCGCAGUUGAGAACAAACUCUCUGGAGAGCGAUUCAACAACGCAGUAUAGAUUGUUAUUCCAUAUGUGUCUGCAGGGGUUAUCACCUGCUCAAGGAUACAUGUUGCAAAACCACACAGGGGAAUAAAGAAGGAGAAUAAAAAGAGAUUUGAGCCGAGCAAGGUAAAGAAAAAUUAAUGAGAAACAAAAUUGAAGAUCAAACAAUGUACAAUGAACUACAGCGGGAACAUGCCAGACUGGCAUCAAUAUAAUGCGUCGCAAAGAUCAAGAACAUCAUCUUCGUCAUUGAUAUCGGGAGGGAUAAAAAAUGGUAACAAACACAUAUAUGUACCUGGAGCAAGUUCACCGGCACUGGACGGUAUUGCUUUGACAAACGAGAUACACCGUAUGAACGGUAAAAAUUCGAAUGAUGGAAGUAUCUAUCAUAGUGGAAGGAAUUAUGGUAUUGCGUCAGGAGCUAUACAAUUAGGAGGAACUCAUUAUAGUUCAACAUCGGUGCAAGAUCCGAUAAUGGAUACGCUGUCGCCUAUUGGAAUAUCAGUUGCCCCGGCUAGUGUUACUGAUGAUGUUUCUGUAGCGCAUCAUAAUGCGCAAAUAGCGUUUGUUUCAGGAACAAGCGGUAACAUACCAGGAAGCGUUGUGAACCCAGGUUCAGUCAUGCAUAAUUCAAUAAUGGGAUCACAAUGUUCACCAAUGGGAUCUUCUUCCCCAGUACGCGGAGCAGUAAUUGGUGGAAGUCAGACUUACUCGGCUUGCAAGGCUCCAUGUUGCAACAGUGACUCAAAUUUGUAUCAGCAUUGGGAAAAGUAUCCGCAUUACGGGAAUAAUGCGAGCACGUAUCGGGAAACUAUUCGCCAGGCUAAUAGUUAUUCCAGUUCUAUUGAUGGGAGAAGAUACUUACCAGAUGUGCGAAAAGAUUGUCAUGAAACUAAAGAAAUAAUCGAGGCUGGCUCUUAUUCGGGAGACCAUCGUGGUACAAGACACUAUCAAGAUUACAGUAAAUACGGCAGAAAAGAUAGUUUAAUGACUAGAGCGUAUCCUGUUGGAAGUGGAAAUACACUUUUACAUCAAAAUUAUCCAAUGCAAAGCUAUCAGUUCCCUAGUGAUUACCAAAAGUGUCCUUAUUCUGUUAAAGAUUAUGCUAGACGGAGCUCAACCAAUCAUCCUCCCGUAGCGAAUGCCAAAAACUCCGGGAUGAUGAAGUAUAACGAACAGAAUGUUAUGGUUACACAAACAUAUCAACAUCCAAAGCAAUUACAGUAUCAAAGUGCUCCUGGUUCCGCAUCGAGUACUGCAAGACCAAAUGUUAACAAUGUUUCGCCAGGCUUGCAAACCUCGUUUUAUAAUUCAAAUCAUCAUCCGCGGAAUUAUCUACAGGAUUAUGGUUCUCAGGAUCAAUCAGUUGUCGCUAAUCGUAUGGCUCAAUCAGCUACUAGCGCUCACGUUCAUGGCUCUUUUCAAAAGUAUCACGUGUAUCACCAAAAAAUCGCGAUGCAAAGAUUUUCCUUGGAGAAUCAUUUGCGUGCAUUCUCACGUAUUCCAGGCUAUCAGACGCAUCCAAAAUAUCAAGAGUGCGUCAUGAGAUACCGAGAAUUGUUGAGAUUACAACAAACGGUAGAUUACCAGAAUAUAAUCCAAGAAUCGCCGAAAGUUCCGAGCCCUUCGACUGCACAGACAAGUCCAGGAGUAGCCCCAAUCAGCCUGCAGUUUGAUCAGAAUGGAAUGCUGAUUAACUCGAAUUAUAUGUCUUCUUCCGGAGUGUACAACAGUGGAGCGGCAGGGUCUGUUUCAACCAAUGAUAUUAAUAACAGCGUGGCUAAUAAAAAUCGUAGUUUGCCUUUUGCUAAUGAGUCUUACGAGAAUUCCCAUGACUCUAGUGAUCGGAAAAAUGAAAGGGCUUCGGAUGAUAACGAAAAAUUGAUGAACCACAAUUCGAACAUAGAUCCUCUGCGAGGAGAGAAUGCUGAAUCUUACUUUGUGGUAAACGAAAAGAAAUCUGAGGAAGAUCAUGAGCUAACGGCUCAUGAAACUAGUAAGUUGAAUAUUAACAAAAAUUGUCAGAGGAUGGUUUUCAUGAAUGAGAGGGAUAAGAGUAAAUCCCCAGGAUCUCCGAUUGAGGAGUAUAAGAGUACGAAUGAUUUCGCUGACAAACCAGAGCUCGAUGUGCGACAAUUUUUAGCGAAUUGGGAUGAGUCCGAGGAUGAGGAAACUGCAACAAGUGUUCUAGAAGUUACUCGUAAAUCAAAAACUCCAGAGAAUUUUGAGAAGAACAGUUCAAUCAACUCUGAAGUUACUGCGGAGAAAGAAGCCUCAACGCAAGUGAAUGUUGAGAAGAAACAAGAGAACGUCAGCGAGAUUGAAUGCGUAGAAUCGGUGGAGAGCAUGGAUGACAUUCCAACAAUUCAUAUAGUCGAAAACGUGGAGAGUAAUGGAGUAGAAAUGGAAAAAAUUCAUACAGUGUUUGGGGAUUUAGCCUCUACGGUACUGAAGCCCGUAUCGAUUUGCGAAAGUGCCGCCGAGAUUCAGCCCAUUGAGGCAAGAGACUUGACUGAAACGGACACUGCAAUAGUUUUAUUUGAACAGACGCAUAAGAUUUGCUCUAAAGUUCUGGAGUUUAAGAUGGGAGAGACAGUGAGAAAAAAAGAGCAGCAGCUAGAGCAACAAUUACAAGGAAAAAUCGACAAUGUAGAGCUCGCUAAAGGUGCUAUAGUAUCGUGUGCCGAUGUUCCCCGAUCAGUUGUCGACGAUUCUAUAAGCAUUGAGGAUAAAGGUAGACCAGAUAUGAUACAAAAAAAUUCUUGUAUCGAUGCUUUGGCUGACAUCGCAAAGGAAACGAGCACGACGAUGAUAACCACGACGAAAUCUAUAGCCUCUAUUUCCAGCCCUUCGAAUUCAUUAUCAAGUAGCUGCGAAACCUCAUCGAGCAAUCCCAAACGUGAUGGUGACGUAACAGUUCCGAACCUACAUAAACAAAACAGUUUUACAAGUGAUGAAUCGCAUAAUCCUGAUGACAUAAGUUUACCUGAUCUUCAAACGUCCGAAUGUACACCGAUAUCGACGACCCUUAAUACCCCGAUACACUCUGAUAGUGAAGAAUUAUCAGAGCACGUUACUGAUCUCACGACAUCAACCAACCCAAUUGAGAUCAUUCAAAAUAGCCCGAUCAUAAGUUUUACGCAUUCACCCAUAAAAAUAGAGCCUUAUGAGCAAUUAGAGCGGGCACGAAUUAGCGAUAAUUCACAAACUAUCACCAACGAGCCUGCUUCAUUGGAUUUUGAUUUUGAUGAGGAAGUCGCCAGCAACGAGAAUCGAAAAUAUAAUGAGAAUUGUGAUUCGAGUCCAGAGAGCGUUGUCGAAGAGUUGGAAAAUCAGGCGAAAGAUGUUAUGUACAAAAAAAAACGUUCUGUACAGACAAUGAGAGAUUCUAGUAAUGAAAAAAAAAAUGAUUAUUAUCACGAUCCUCUAGUCGGUAUGGCACCGUUGACGAGUCCUCAAACCGAGAAAACUUCGUCAUUAUUACGAGAUGCAAAUGUGACUGACCAGAAUCCAAACAAUAAUGUUGGUGCUGAGAAUAGCGCGGAAAUGUUAGAGCAUGAUAAUGUCGCGGUUGAUGAGUUCAAUCGUUCCGGCGACCUCGAAACAUUGUGUGAUAUGUCUCUCGAUGGCACAUGCCUGAUUCCGUUGAUACCCGACGAUGUUGUUUGUGAUGAACCUCGGAUACCGGUUUCACCCAUGGAGGGAAAUUGUCUAACGAAAAUACUAAAUAAUACGUUGCCAAUAACUGAUCUUGACGUGCUUGAUAAUUCCGGGAGCGCGAUCAUAGACAAAACUAACGGUGAAGAUGAUGUUUGGGGCCAAGUGAGCCAGAUAGGUGAACAUUUUCAGACGUCGAGUGUGGAACCCGUGGCUGAAAAAAUGAUAAAUGUCAAAUCCUCGACAAACAUGAUACAAACCAAUAAGUCGUAUGAAAAAAACCGGAGUCAAAUCGAAAAUGAUGACUGCUGCUAUGCAUCAGACAACAAUAAUGGAUUCCCUCAAAACACUGAAGGGAAGAAAUCUCUAGAGAAAGAUGAGAAUUCUAUGACUACUCUAGACAAAGUUUUAAUUCUAGGCCAGAACGAACGUAAGAAAACCAGCAAACUACAUCAUGUUGAUUCCAACGUGGAGAUCCAAGUGGCUAAUUUUAAUGUUCGAAUCCACAACGAAGUUGAAAAAAUUAUGGAUGACGAGACCAAAAAUCAAGAAUCGUCAGGAAAGGCAAUUGAGAUAAAAAUUAAUUUGUCAAGGGGUGAUGUAACCCGAAUAAUCAACAAAAAUCUAGAGGACCAAUUACAGGAGGGAGAAAUUGAAAACAAAAAGAAAAGAAACCACUUAGCUGCCUCUGUCGGGAAAAUUUGUGGUCGGAGGCGUCGCCGUAGGUCACUACCCGAACCAACGGACAAUUUUGAAUCGAAGCGAGCCCGGAAAAUAACCGAUGAAGAGCUCAGCAAAAAACUAAACAAACAUAAAAGAAAUCGUCGAUUUCGAAAGUCAAUGGAUGACAAAUUAUUGCUUAUGAAUGAGGAAUACUCGUGUCGAGAAAACUCGACAUCAUCCAGUAGUGAAACAAAUUUUCGACGGAAAACCGCCAUAAUGAAUAAAAAGGCACGGGUUUGUACUCUGCCCGUGAUUUUACCAGAUGCGCGAUCCUUAAACAUUCAGAAAGAUGAUCUAAUGGAGAAAUUGAAAAAUAAUACUUAUACCCGAACAGAAAAACAGAAAGAUACCUGUUGCUUGCCCAGCCCUUCGUACAAUUCGUCAGUACUUGAUGUCGACAACUUCGACGUGGCGCCAAAUCACUAUUCCAAUAUUGAUGAGAGGUCCUCAUUUGUGAAAGAGUCUCGUUUUACACGAGAAAAACAACGCUAUGAGGAUGCGGAUAGAAAAAAGAAAUUGAGUAAUCGCUUCGAGGAACUGACGACGACCGAAGCCUUUGAGAAAAACCUCAACACAGUUCCGAUAUACACGACUAAAGAUGGUAGAAUAACAUACAGUCCUAAUCGGAAUUAUACUUAUCAAGCUUUGAUAAUGGAAGCUCAACAGCGUGGAAAACGCUCCUCUUCUGGUUUAAAAAAAUUAUUCCAUUAUUCGAAAUUGAGAAAUCCUUAUCGGGAUAUAGGAUCUCGACAAAGUUUUGCCAAGCUCUAUCCGAUAUUGGAAAACAAAAAAAGUGUAGAUCAUAGAAAGAGCAGAACAAAAAGAACAAUCGGUAAAUUUCAUGAUGACAUGUUGGGAAAUACAGAUAUUAAGCUGAGGAAACAUGAAAAUUGUCGCACGAAAGAAAUAUCGAAGGAAGAUCAAUUCGAUAUCACUGAAAUCUCAGAAAAAACCAUCAUAGAACAGCAAACAUCAGAAGUAAAUGUCAGAGACUUGAGAUCAGUACCGGAAGACUGGGAGCAUUCAAAGACUACAGAAAUAUUACAUUACGUAUCGAUGAAAAAUCCUGAAUUAGUCGAAAAUUCUAUAGGUCCAAAAAAUGCUUGCGUCAACGAUUUCGAAGCUGGGGUUGUUGCUAGAAUAUUCGAUGAUCAAGAACUAGAAAUUUCAACGCGUGAUAUUGACAGACGCACUGAUCGUUCAGCGGUAUUGAUCGAACGAGAAAGCUGCGAUUCGAGUUUACGAUUUUUUCCGGAAAAUUUUGAGCUCCCGAAAACCAAAGCAACCGCAAUAAUGGCUAGUCCAUCAACGAAAGUUAUAGAAAAGAAGCCACAAAUGUGGAGCAUUGAUUUUCAAGCGGCACUAUCCGAUAGCGGCCUGGAAUCUUCAACAACUUUUGCGGAUGCUUUUAAGGAUUCGAGAAAAAUACAAAAGUGGACAAAAUCGUUUUGUGAUCGAGCCAGUAAACCAAUGUUCAUUGUAUCUCAAGGAAGAAAAAUAGACUCUGGGUCUACAUACUUGUCAAACGAGAAUAACAAAUCUUUCAAUCAAAUUCCAAAAGAAUUGUCGGCGAAUAUUAGAGAGCAGUUUCUUGAAACGAUUUUAAUGCCAGUGAAUUAUGAUACCACUGAAAUUGUCGACAGUCUCGAUCUUGCGUUUCCAUUUAGCAAUCAAGAGGAUUACGGGCAAAUCACGAGAAAAAAGAGACGAAGAAAGACGAAAAAAGAGCUUAACGAGGCUCGAGCAAAGACUGUCAAUGAAUCCUCGGACUUGUUCCGAAGAUGUGUUUCCAACGACAGUGGAGAGUUUACUGGUUUGUUAUUUCAGAUUCCAAAAUCGAGGGAUAACUGGUUUAAUGUUAGAGAUGCUAUAUCGAAUGAAACUAUUUUAGAGGAGAGUGAAGUUCCAACGGGAUUAGAUAAUUCAAGCAUAUUAGAAACAGAAAAUUUUACUCCACCCAGCAACGAUACCUGCAGCAUCUUAUCUAGUUCUAAAAUUUUAGAGGAAUCUAGUGAAUUAACAAUGGUAACGACAGUGCUUCAGUUAGAAGACACAUCGACACGGUUUGCGAGUGAGUCGAUGGAUUUCAACGAUCUACAUCCUUUGACCAACGAUGAUAAUCUCAUGUAUGAGAAAAGUAACUCGUAUUUAGAUGAAAAUGCGGUUGAUCCAAGCAUUGAUUGUUCAAGGAAAAGCGACGAUUCUGGAAAAGCACCAAUCCUCAGUUUCUCCGGACAAAUACAGAGCGACGGCAGUCUUGGAGACUCAUAUUCGAAAAGUCCUCCGAGUCUUGCUCAUGAAAGCCACUGGUCAGGAAUUUCGGAGGUCUCAAUAAAAAAACUGAGUAACAAAGUACAUCCCAAGAUACCUAAAAUGAUUAUAAAAAAUAUAAAAUCACGUCCUGGAACUCCUACCAGCGCGGAAGAUGGUGAGAAGAUAUUAUCGACGAACGCAAAAAUUUCUUCGAGAUCUUAUAAUCAAGGGAUCAAAAUUGAUGAGAGUGGAUCCAAAAUUCCAAAAAUAAAGAUCCGACUGGAAGAUUCUGAUUUGCCGAGAAUGAUUUCGCGGGAUACAAAAUAUUUGAGAGACGGAGAGAAAAAGAUAAAAAACAAAAAAAACAGUAAAUUAUCUGUUUCUGCAAUUGUCAAGAAACAGCUCCCGCUCGUGGGUAAAUUAUCCAGGCAAUCCUCCGAGGUGGAGUCCCAAGAUUCUAAGGAAAAUACAGACAACAGCUCUUACAAGUUUACUCUGAUGCAAAAAUCGUCAAAACAUCAUCAUCAUCGUAGUAGGAGUAAGGAUAAAUUGUUUUCGAAGAGUCACCAGAGCAGAAGCAUAGAAAAAUUACCGAAAAGAAUGAGACAAGAGAAAAUACCAAAAUUAACCAUCAAGAAGCACUCCUCAAUAAGUAUGAUUGAGACAUCUGUAGCUCAGGCUUCUGAAGAAACAAUGAUGCAAAAAUGUGAAUUAAUGAUUCCUAAAAAAGAUGUAGUAAAAAAAGAAGAAAUGAACGAGAACAAUAAAAAAUUUGACGACUGUUAUAAUAAGAACGACGAUUCUCAGCAAAGCAUCGCAGAAAAAGUACCUAAAGUUAUUAUAAAGCGUGCCUCCCCAAGCGCCGAAUUCAAAUGCGAAUUGAGCAAAAAUGACCGAGACGCCAUUAUCAAGGACUCAAAAUGGCAACCAGAAGUUAAACUGCAACGCUUCUGGGUGCUUGAUUGUAUGGCAAAAGAACCCGGAAAUGGUCAAGUAGCCUUGAAAGUACUCGAGUCAACUUUGGACCAAGUCGGCAAGAACAUUUGGAACGAUUUGGUUCGCAAAUCGAAUUGCAUCGAUUCGGGCUCUCAAAAAUCGAAUGAGAAAAAAGUUCAUGAAACGAAAGUGAGACGAAAAUCUGAUUGUGACUUGAGUAAAUCUCAAAUGGUGAUAUCUAAAAAUCGUCGAAAGAGCUUUGACUUGGAAAACAUUGACCUAACGACGAGAACACAUAACUUUACAGCCAAAAAUUCUAGAAAGGAGAUACCGGCAAAUGGUGGGUCGAAAAAAUUGCAGGCAAGCAACUUCGGGGAUAACAGUCAUGUGAUAAAGAUCGAUUCGUCGGACGAAAGCCAAACAACGAUUGAAAUAUUGCCUGCAUCGCCGGGCAACAUUCAAAGUGAAUUGGAGCAGAAAAAUCAAUUUUUCAUGGCCAAUGGAAGUAUGGGCAAAUUGUAUUCAGAGGAUGCUAUACCGACACAAUUUGAAUUGGAGUUGGAAAUUGUUGAUAACAGCAGUGUGGAUUCUCUAGAUGUUCCAAUUCCAAGCUGUUCACUCAAGGGCAACGAUUACGAGGAAGGAGAAAGCAAAUACUUCGACAAAAUAAUCAAAUCCAGUGAGAAUAAUCCGGAAAAGAAAAGUCUGUACAAAACUGGAGCGAGUUCACUUGUCGCGAGCAUGAAAAACAUAUGUUGCUCGGAUUCCUUAGUAAAGGAAGUUUUAGCAGCAAAGGAAACAUUGAAGCGUUACUUGGAAAAAAAAAUAUCCAAAGAUUUCAGUUCAAAAACAUCUAGACCGAGACCCAAAACAGCAGCAGAGAAAAAACAGGGCUCAGGUUAUGAAUAUUUUCUAUCUGACAAUCAUUCAAUCGACAAAAAAGAUAUUGCAGAAAUUCCAGUAGAAAAUAAGAUCAAAGUUUCGAAAGGAGAAAAGUUGGUCAGCCUUCGAGAAACUGAUAGGAUAACCACUCUUUCCGAGAUUGGAAAAGAAUCAACCAAGAGUAUUGAUUGGAAACGACCAAGAUCUACCAGUCACAUUGAAGUCUGUAAACCUUCAAAAAUGAAUAAUGAUAAUUUUAUGGAAAAUGUCCAUGUCAAAAGUAUUGCAGCAGUACAACCGAAUACUUCGACUUUCGCAGAAAAAGCAAUAGCGAAGAAUAAAAAAAAAGCAUCAACUGCGGGGCUUCAUAGAGAAAUAGGAAAAACCAUGAAAUCCUACAAAAUACCAAAGAUAUCACAAAUCAGGGAAAAUCUAGCCAAUAGCAUCACGUGCUGUUUUAACGAAGAAACAAGAAAAUCCCCUAGUCCCAUUAAAAUGCCCAUCUUAGAGCCUCAAAUGGAUCUCAAUUUUGAACUUUCUGGUCGUGAUUCAGAUCGUGAUUAUUCUCGUUCUCCACCCGUGAUCACAAAACACGAAAGAUCACCUGAUAAUAUAUCCGCAUCUAAACAAAUGGAAGAUUUGAAUGUCGACUCUAAGAAAAUUGAUAAUGUCGAGAAGGAAAGGGACACCAGUGAGACGUCUGUAACCUUUGCUGACAUUGUUUCACAGUUGGCUUAUCAUGAGAAGGCGACGAUUAGACAUAGACGUUAUUGUAAACUAUGCGAGCGUUGGUUUCCCACGGCAGCGAGGCAUCGCAGACAUCUCACUGGAUAUCAACACCGACACACUGAGCUUACACAGCGGAGAACCGUUCACGCACUCUUCAUGUUAUUUACGGGUAAGCCUUGUCCUCGUCUGCUGCCUGCAAGUAUCGUUAGAACUGAUUGCGCCCCAGGCGAGCCAACACCUCUUCAAAUCGCUGUUCAGGACGUUGCGAUCAGUUUGGAGGAUGGUGCGUGUACGAAGCUAAAAAAACCGAUGAGUGACCAGCUCGGAUAAAAUCUCGUUAGGAAUACUGGCCAGUCAUUUGUAAAAAGAACCUGUAAUGAAAAAAACAUAUGCAUGAAACAACUACAGUGAUGUUGUUUUGAUCAGGAUUAGCCAAAGAUAUUUUGAGAAGUUAUCGGGUUAAAAAAAUACUUUUCGAGCGUGUUGAAAAACAAAGUUUGUGUGUGUGUGCGUGGGCGCGCGCUCGCGAUAGAGAAAGAGAGAGGUGUAGAUACGAAAAAAAUAACUAAUGACAAGUCUUCGAGGACCUUUUUGGAAUGUUGCGCACUAAACUACAACGGAACCAAACCAAAAUCACACCAAACUAAAAAACCGAAAAUAACGACGUUUUGACAUUUCAUGUAUCACAGAUUUGUACUUUGAUAAGCGUUGCUGCGGCUCGUACGAAGAGUGGCUAUGGACUGAGUUGAAAGGAAAAAAACAAUAUUUGAUUUGAGCAUAUUUGUUGUAAAUUGGAGUGUGAUGGAGUAAAAAUAAUGAUGUGAAAGGGAAAGAAGCCGUUUAACGUAAGAAGGUUGUAUUCGCAUUUUUGAUAUUUUUCUGUGUUAGAAAACGAAAAAUGAUGCUUCAUUUAAAAUUAAAGGAAUCCAAUUGUAUGUGGAAAAAAGAUAAAGUCGAAAGUCCAGUCAUUGCGAAUUGAAAAAAAAACUAAACAGUUAUUUUAUUUACGAAAAUUAUUGAAUAUGAAAAACAGAAUUGUUUGAUUCGUAUAAAAUAUUAACACAUUGAAUUUGUUUUUACGACUUCACGAAAAAAAGAAAAUAUGAAAGUCCUUUGCGUGAACUGAUAAAAUUAAACUACAACCUCUAUCUUAUAUGUAGUUUCUUUCUUUUAACGUACUCCAAUUUCUUAGGAAAUAUGAGGAAAGAAAAUCGACUUUUUAUGAAUGAUCUGAUUUUUAAUAUUCAUAUCAAACCGAUUCCGGUUGUAUACAUGAAACUCAUAAUUUACGUAUGACUAAAUACCUAUUCCAUUAACUACAACUUCUGGAAUUUCACGAUUGAAUUCCGAAAGAACUUUUAAUACUUUUUUCCUAUCGGUUAUCUGCGCACGUAAAUUUUCACAAAGAGAAUCGACGGGUUCCUGUAUGUUUCUAUUGAAACUUUUUCUGGAGCGGAUACAUUCCUGAAAUUUUAUUUACAUUUGAAUAAAAAAAGUCAUUUCGUGGAGCGAAAAUCACAAUUCUCGAUACUUUAAUUGAACGACGAAUCUCUUUAAUCUUCGUUGGAAUUAAAUUCAAAUAUCACAUAUAAUGGAGGAUAAGACUUGUGUGGAAAAGUACAAAGUUCAAAGGAUAGUAAAAUCGAUUGAAAAACAAUUUUUUUACGUUUAUUUGUUCAUUUAAAAUCAUGAAAAACGAGUGAAAAAAUUAUCGUUGCAAAAAGUCGUCGCGUGUGUUCUAUGUGCCUAAAUACAAAAAAAUAGAGAAUUUAUAAAUAUGUCUAUUUAUACACACAUAUAUAAAAAUAAUUAAUAUAUAGUGAAGGAAAAAUAUUGAUGAAAUAUGUUAACACUUGACGACGAAAUGUGUAGAGUUGUCACACUUGCCUUAAACUGAUCGGAAAUUAACGAAUCCAGAGGUUGCUCUGUUGACGCAAAAUAUGAUUAUAUAUAUGUAGGUUAUUUAUUCAUUUUUCCGAUCAAUGCGACUUAUACAAAAGAUUGGAAAGUAAUCGAAAUGGCUAAUCAUGGAAAUAAAAAACUUGUAAAGUUUUCAAGGGUAACUUGAGCACGUGAAAAAAGGUAUAAACCAUUUUUUGAACGCAUUCCUUAACUUGUAAGAAUCAGUAUUUUGAUUGAUAAAUGUUUAUUUUGCCGUCACAUCACGAAAAUCCCCCAAGAUGUUAGUAUUCUGCAAAUGAAAAAAAUUAAAUUGUAUCUGAUCUUGACAAAAUGGGGAACAUAUUUGAAGAAACGGAAGAAAGGGAGUAAACAAAACGAAGUCGUUAGUGAUUAAGUAUUGAUUGUUCCACAGUGCUCAGAGAAUUUUAUCGACACGCCUAUGUGUGUUUUUGUUUUUGUUUCGUUAAUGUUAUAUUAGAACUAUUAUUUAGUGGAUAGAAAUUUUUGAUUUUGUUUCAAGUUUGAUCUUUUCGUUCUAUUUUAACAGCAUCACACCAUCGUUUAGAGUUUAAUCAUUGUUAAAUUAAUUUGACGAUAUUAAAUUAUGUUCAAAACCGA